AUGGUGCUGCGCAAGCUGGCGCAGGCCAUGCGCGAGUGGCCGCGCCUGCGGGAUUGUGAGGUGGAGUGGGGGAGAAGGAGGAGAAGGCGGGUGGGGAAGGGUGAGGAGGGGAAGUGGGGGAAGGGGGAAAUGGGGAAGAGGGGAAGUGGGAGGAGGGGGAACGGGGAGGCAGUGAGAUCAGGAGGCCAGCGCACACUUCGCUCCCCCACACCCAUCCUUUUCGCCUCCCCCUCAACUCUCUCUCUUUCCCCCACCACUCUCCCGCUGCACCAUGCCUUUUCCCUCCCUCCCCUCUCUCCCGUGUCCUAUACCCUCACCCCGCCUUGUCCUAUUCCCUCACCCCGCCCUGUCCUAUCCCCUCACCCCGCCCUGUCCUAUCCCCUAACCCCGCCCGGUCCUAUCCCCUCACCCCGCCCUGUCCUAUCCCCUCACCCCGCACUGUCCCAGGCGAGCACGAAAAAGACCCAGACGAGCUGCAUGGACGUGCCGCCUUCCCUUGCUCCUGCUUUCAGCAUCUCUGUGGCUCAGACAAGCCACACUACCUUCUGCCGCAGCCGCCGCGUGUCGCGCAUCACGGCGCCCAGCACCACACCCAUGACUGAGAGCACGCACACGAGCCCUUGCGCCUGUAGCUCCGACACCACACACGCAUGCGGCUGCCCGCACGUGCACAAAAGGGGAGGGGUGGAGGUGCUUGGGAUAGGGGGGGAAGAGCGGGGCGUUGGAGAAACAGAGGAUCUGGUUGAGGGCCUCUUCUGCGCCAUUCCCUCAUCGCUCCCCUCCCUACACUACUUUACGGCUCUUCUGCGCCCCUCCCUCCCCUUCUGCGCCCUUCCAGCCUCUCUCCCCUCCCUGCACUACUCUCCGGCUCUUCUGCGCCCCUCCCUCCUCUCUUCCACUCCCUGCCUUUCUCUCCUCACUUGCACACCCCACCCCCUUCCCUCUCUUCUCUUUGAGUUCCCGCCAUUCCCUCCUGUCACCAGCGCAAUUCCUGCUGGACUGUCAGAAGGCGUGGGGCACAACGUUUGA